AAAGGGAGAAAGUUGUGGUGAGUGAGAGCAGAGGAGGCAGAGCUCUGUGUGAGCGGAGCUUCUACUCACAGUUAAACCCCUGCUCUCAGUCUGAGCGCAGCUUCAUUCACUGAAGACCACCAGCACCCAGACCCCUCUGAGAUACUGAGAGAUGAGCUGUGGCAGCAGCAGGAGAGGGACUUUUACUGGGAGUCUGUGAGCGUUUUCACUACGAUGGACAAACAAAAAGUUCUGGCCCGGCUGGUUUCGGACCUGCAGACGUUUUUGCUGGUUCUGGACAGUGAGAACCUCAGCUACAUCGCUCAGGCCCAGAAGAAGUCCAUCUCAGAGCUGCUGUCCAAGCUACAGGACCACAAGGAAGCCCCAGUGGAAGAUGCAGAGUAUAUGAUAAUGAACUGUCCGUCUGGAGGCCCCGGAACUGAUCUCAGGGAACGCUCAGCAUCUGAUGGCCUCGAUUCAUCAGAGCACCUGCUGUCCUCCACCGCUGCUGAAUGGCUACGGAAAGGGUCUCUAGGUCCUAUGGUGCCCCCACCCCCUCCAGACGGUUUAGAGGAAGAAGAUAACUGUUAUGAAGAAGCAGAGCCCUUUGUUCCGGCCAGCCAGUCUACAGAUAAACUGGACUCUGACAGCAGUCAUUAUGAAUCCUACGGCGAGGAUGAUGAGGAGGAGGAUUUCGUGAAGGAUCGGGCGCAUUAUAUCCAGUGGAGUUCGUCCCAGCCCUGCCUCCGACCCAUCCCAGAGUCCCGCAUCUGUGGAUACCUGUGGAGGAAGAAGUGGCUCGGCCAGUGGACCCGUCAGCUGUUUAUUAUUAAACACAACUCACUGCUGUGUUUUAAGUGUGCUAAAGACCUCUACCCUCUGCUGGAGAUGAACCUGAGGGGCUGCCAGGUGGUCUAUAAAUCUAAACACAGUAAGAAGAUGCAGCACGAGCUGAAGGUGGUUUCCGGCUCAGACACAGUCAUCAUGGGCUUCCAGAGCUGCAGCCUGGCUGAGGAGUGGAGGAAGAUUAUUGAAGAGCUGAGUGGUUCUUCGUAUUAUGAGCCAGAUUCCCACAGUUCCUUAUCUUUAUUAAAGAGUGACAGACUGGACUCUUGCAGGUCAAGCACAGUCCUCCACACUGACUCAGACGAGGAAACAAUCUCUGGUCUUCCUUCUGCUGUCAGCAGCAUUGAGAUCAGUAAAGAUAAAGACAGAGCUGGGUAUCUGAAUGUGCUGAUGAACUGUCAGUGGCAGUCUCUGUGGUGUAAGGUGGAGGACGGUGUUUUGAAGAUGUUCCGUGAUGAUGUGUGUGAGGACACCCCUCAGUAUACGGUCCAGCUGCGGGGCAGCGAGGUCCGGCCUGGUCCAGACACAGCACACGCCUACCGAGUCACCAUCCUGCAGCACGGAGACCAAGUGGCUGUUCUAGAGGCCAGCUGUUCUGAUGAUAAAGAGCAGUGGGUUCAGCUCCUGCAGGAUGGGAGUUCCACUGCUGUUGGCUCCCCAUACCAACAUACCAGCCACGAAUCACUGAGUGGCCUGAAGAUCCGCCGCUUCCCCACAUUGAACAACUACAUGGACGACCCCUUCCAGCAGCUCUGCAACAGCGUCCACUCACAGCCCAUCUACUCCAACACAUCUGUACUGGAGCACAUGUUUCAGAAACCUCACACUGGUGGAAACGGAGAAUCCGUGUCAUCAUCAGAUUCUGCCAGCUACAGCAAUACCGAAAUCUUCAGCAACCCCGGUAAGAAAGUAUGUGAGGUGGAGCGCAGUGUGCAGAAACUGGAGCUGGCAGGAAAACGCCGAGUGCAGCUGAGAGCAGGGUCAGAGGUCAACCUUGUCAACGUGGGGUCAAAACCUACCAAACGCUCCUCUUUUAGACAGUCUCUACUACCAUUCUGCACUGAGAGAUCACAGGGAGGGUUUCUGACUCCGCUCCUUAGGAGGACAGCCUCAGCUAAAAACUCCCUGAAGAGGGUGCCCUCGGCUCUGUUUAUUGAACACGGCAAAGUCUUUCAGAGGAGGAAGGAGUGGGAAACGAAGGCCUCAGCUUGACACUGAUGGACUGAUGGAGUGUUCUCCUCUCUACACAUUCCCUCCUGCUCUGAUCACUGUAUUGCACUGAGAACAUUAUUAGAACUGAUCAUGUGGAUCAUGACUGAAUUUCAGGACUUUGGUACUUUUUUCUAAUCAUCCCAGCAAAACACUUUCUACCUUUAUUUUUACCACUUUAUUAUAUUUUAUAUCACUCAGCCUCGAAAUGUCCAACUUUUUGUUUGAAACAACAUCUUCUGAGGUGUGUUUCAAUCAGUUACAGUCUGAAAGUAACCAGACAGAAAACGUGCGCACUGUUGUCAAAUCCAGACAGACUAAAGGCUUGAUAUAUACGCUAUAUGGAAACAGGAUACACCUGCAUAUUACCGCGAAAGGAUAUUUGAUCACAUCCCCUUUUUAAUUCAUCGGUAUUUAUAUACGAUUGGUCCCCCUUUGCAGCUUUUACAGCAGGUCUGUAGUUGCUGUUGUUCUAAACACGUCCACUUUUCAGUAAUACCAAUCACAGCGGAUCUGAAAAAUAUAAAAAUAAUAAAUUGAUUUUUUUACCAGCUGGUGUGUCCCAAUAUUUUUAUAUACAUAUAGUGUGUAUAUCCAGAUUCAGUCCAAGAUUAUUCAUGACAUGUUUGGUGUCUGGUAUCUAUUAUUUGUAACCUUUUUUGACAGAUUUUUGGGCCUGUUUUAAAGAGAUGAGUAGAUUGGUGACAGGUCAUGUUAUGGCUGAAGGACUGAAUCGAGUGCCACGGAUCAAUCAUCUUAGUUUAUUUUUUGUUACCGAACUGCUUCUUUAACUCGUAAAGUGUUAAAUUGUUUAUCUCUUCGUUUUCUAUUUUUCAUAAAUAUGCGUGUGAAUGUUUGUGUGUGUGUGUGUGUGUGCGCGCAGAACAUUACAGAAGUACACUAUAAAUGUUUUCAAAAUAUAGACUGAAGGCCAAAAGACUCCCUGUUAACCAUGUAGCACACUCUAUAAGUCAUGAAACUGUGACCUUUUCACCUACAAGUCGUUAUUUCAUGAACCGCAUCUUAAAUGGCUCCCUUCUCCCAAAGAAGUGCACCUACUCUACCAGUCAGAAGAACAAGAACUUUCUCGUAAUGUGACCUUGUGAUGUCAAACCAAAGCUAAAAUAUACCGCUCUGGAAAAAAUUAAGAGACCACUUAAAAAUUUAAUUUCCUUGAUUUUACCAAAUUAAAAAAAACUCUGAAAUAUAAUUAAAAGAAAGAUGGAUGAUCACAAGCCAUCAAACCAAGCUGAACUGCUUGAAUUUUUGCACGCUAUCCAAAAGCAGUGUGUAAGACUGGUGGAGGAGAACAUUCUAAGAUGCAUGAAAACUGUGAUUAAAAACCAGGGUUAUUCCCCCAAAUAUUGAUUUCUGAACUCUUCUGAACUUUAUGAAUAUAAACUUAUUUCAGCCAUUUCUUAUUUUCUGAAAAUAAAUGCUCUAAAUUAAAAUAUUUUUAUUUGGAAUUUGGGAGAAAUAUUGACUGUAUUUUAAACAAUAAAACAACAAUGUUCAUUUUACUCAAACAUAUACCUAUAAAUAGCUAAAUCAGAGAAACUAAUUCAAAAACUGAAGUUGUCUUAAUUUUUCCAGAGCUGUAUAUGUGUACAUAUCUUUGUAUUUUACCAUUGGUUUGAUAUCACAAGGUCAAAUUGCCAGAUAGGGUAGAUAGAUUAAAUAAAUAGAUUUCUUUGCUACAUGUUUUAUGUACUAUUCUUCCUACAGUACUUAAAGUGACACUUGGUGUAACAAUCUUGGUCAGAUAUAAUCACAUAAAAGUUAGGAUAAGUAAAAUAAAGCCAAAGUGUUUUUUUGUGUUACUUAACCAAUCAAGUAUUGUCAAAUAUAAAGGAUAGGUUGAGGUUUUAGUUUGUUGUUUUCCAUCAUUUGAAAGUGAAACUACAACUGGACUACUAAUGUCUGUUUUGAUAAAUGAUGAGGAACAGCAGAAUUUUAAAUCUCUCAGUUCUAAACACGGAACCCUUAAAGUGGAUGUCACAGAAAAUAAGGUUAAGAACCACUGCUUUGGUUUAUUUUGAGAUCACUGGACUUUGUACUUUGUUUCAGGUUAUUAAAAGAAUCAAAACGGAUUAAAUGCCAAUAAAAAGGUCUACAACGUUUGAGUGGUAGUGUAGUGCACCUAGUAAGAGAAUAGAGAGGCAUUUGAGAUUCACUCCUAGGAUUUUAAAGUGCAUUAUUUACCUGUGUGUGUGCAUUUUUAUUUGUCAUUUUUGCACUGUUUAGGACCAGAACCCAACUCUUUGUGUACAUGUGUUUGUGUGAGUGUGUACUCUAUGUGUAUGUUUGUAUAUGUGUGUAUUUUUCAAACGACAGGGAAAUCAGGAUAACUGAAGUGUGGUAAUAAGACAGUAUACUUACAGUGAUAAUUAGGAGUAAUUACCUCUUGUUUAUUUAAUAGACUCACUCCAGGUCUGUGGACGUCUCAGCGAUGUUUAUUCUUGUGCACAUAUUUUAUAUGAAGGUCUUUUUUUUCUAACAAUGUGCCUUAACUCUGAUAAUUCCUCUUAAUGAUGCAUGGAGGUGUGGUGUUUAUUUGUUUGUGUUGUUUAGGGUAGAAGAAUUUGGCUGAUGAUGUAUAUAUAUUAUAUCUGUGGUAUGAGGGAAAAGACACAUGAUGAACAUAUUUGUACAUGUAUAAUAAAUAAAGCAACA